UUGGAGGUUUGAGUUGAAUUCGUCUCCGCGGUAGAGAUGGAAGAGAAAGAUUGGGACGAUGAAGAAGAACAUUCCGAUGACACCCUCACAAUGACCACCAUUUCUCGGCACUGUUUCGGCGAAGACUCUGAAAGGCCAAGCUUCUGCAUCUCCAUCAUCGAGAACAUGAAGGAGGACUACGGCCUAUUCGUGUGGCCCUGCAGCGUUGUUCUCGCAGAGUAUGUUUGGCAACAGAAGCACCGAUUUUCAGGAGCCACUGUUGUUGAGCUAGGUGCUGGAACUUCCUUGCCUGGUUUGGUUGCAGCAAAACUCGGUGCUCGUGUCACUCUGUCAGAUGACUCCACCAGAUUAGAGGUGCUUGACAACAUGAGAAGAGUUUGUGACUUGAACAAACUCGAGUGCAAUGUGUUAGGAUUGACAUGGGGAGUUUGGGAUUCAUCCAUAUUCAGUUUACAGCCGACAAUUAUUUUAGGGGCUGAUGUGUUGUAUGAUUCAAAUGCCUUUGAUGACCUCUUUGCCACUGUGACAUUUCUGCUCCGAAAUUCUCCCGAGUCAAUUUUUAUAACUUCAUACCAUAAUCGAAGCGGGCAUCAUCUUAUUGAGUUCUUGAUGGUGAAAUGGGGCUUAAAAUGUCUCAAGCUUCUUGAUGGGUUUUCCUUCCUGCCAUCCUACAAAGCAUCACUACUAAGUGGUAACAUUCAAUUGGCAGAGAUAGCUCUUAUCUCAAAAGACAAUGCUUGAGAAACGACAUUAGCAACCAAAUAUUGUUUUGGGAUGUAAAUGGAAAGAACGCUCAAGCAUGGACUGUGCUUAGAAGUAAACUUUGCACCAGUAAUGUUCCCUCUUCUUUGAAG